AUGGCCGACGCCGAUCUGAAGCAAGCGAUUCUCCGGCUGACGGAUCUCAUCACAACCCAGCAGCAGCAGAUUGCAGCUCUCCAGCAGGGUAACGCCUAUCAAACUGGAAGCGAGAAGAUCAUCGAGUCACUCUCCACCGGAAUCGACGAGUUCCAAUACGAUCCAAACGACGGCAUCUUUUUCGAUUCGUGGUACGCUCGCGUUUUGCCGAACCAUCCGCGGGAUUUUGGAUUCGAAGACACCGUGAAGAAGCCGAAGAAGCUGUUUGGACGCCAAAAGUCCCUCUUCAACGCUCGGUACCAGUGUCUACAAUACGUGAAGAACGACGCCGAUGAUUUUUCGUCAUACGCCGCGUCAGUCGCCAAGCACUGUGAAGCGUUCCAGAUGGAAAACUGUCCAGCGACCAAUUCAAGACUCUCAGGUUCGCUGAUCGGAAAGUUGGAAGCUGAAGAAAACGCACCACCCGCCGACGGUGCCACUCUCAAGCUUGAAAACCUGGUUGAGGCGUGCAACCGCAUCAUCAACCUCAAUCGCAUACAUGUACGAAGUGCAAGCGGAAGGUCCACAAGGAAGGCUACUGCACCUCAUCCGAAAAGAAGUCAACCGAAACCGAAAGACGUCGUCAAGUCCAAAGGUAUCUCGGUUAAGCGAGUUGACCUCUCGAAGAAGCGGAAGUACGUCAAGAUCGAAAUAAACGGUUCGCGCGCAACGUUGCAGCUCGAUUGUGCCUCCGACAUCACCAUUAUUUCCAAGCGCACUUGGACAUCCGUGGGUAAGCCUGUCAUCAAUCCAUCGGAAGUCGACGCCGUGAGCGUCUCUGGUGACAGCAUCGGAAUCCUAGGUGAGUUCAAUGCCGAAAUCACCGUUCAAGACGUGACAAAAUCUGGCCGCAUUUUCGUCACGAGCAAUCCGGAUCUCAACGUACUCGGAAUCGAAACAAUCGAUCAGUUCGAUCUCUGGUCGGUUCCAUUCUGCUCGUUGGUCAACAACAUCCAGCAAAACUUGAACGCAACGAUGCAGAAGCUUCAAGCCAAGAUUCCUAAAGUGAUCCAGUCCACGUUCGGAUGCUGCUCGAAAUCGAAGGUAACACUCUAUCCGAAGCCAGACACACGCCCUGUGUACUGCCUCAAGGUACCGGUUGCCUACGCUACCCUCCCGAAGUUCUCCGAUUGGGCUGCUCCCAUAGUCGUGAUUCGCAAGUCGAAUGUCUCAGUACGUAUCUGUGGUGACAAUCCCACGGGUCUCAACGACGCACUCGAGUCGGAUCGCCAUCCGCUACCGCACUCGGACGACAUUUUUGCUGAACUAGCCGGCUGCCGUUACUUCUCCUGCAUCGACUUAUCGGACGCCUAUCCCCAGGUCGAAGUAGAGGAAUCAUCACGACGACUGCCCACGAUAAGCACGCACAAGGGUUUGUUCCAGUACAACCGGUUGCCGUCCGGUGUGAAAUCGGCUCCUGGAGCGUUCCAGAGCAUUAUCGACAGCAUGGUUCCUGGUGUCAAGCCUUACCUGGACGACAUCCUAAUCGCUGGAAGGACUCAAGAAGAGCACGACCUCAGGCUUCACGCUGUGCUGGAGAGAAUUCGUGAGUAUGGUUUUCAUCUCCGCAUCGAAAAGUGUCGUUUCUCCCUGCCGCAGAUCAAGUUUCUGGGUCACAUCGUCGACAAGAAUGGUCUUCGCCCAGAUCCAGCCAAAACCAGGGCUAUCUCUGAAACGGCACCUCCAACGAAUGUAUCGCAACUCGGUCGUACGUCGGUGCGAUUAACUACUACGGACGGGAUCGAUUGGAUGAAAUCACUCGCAAGCAGUUUCGUGUACUGGCCGAACUUCGACGAGGACGUUGAAUCGUUUGUGCGCCAGUGUCGUUCCUGUGCUGCUGCUGCAAAAUUGCCCCGCAAGACUACCCUAUCAUCAUGGCCGAUACCAACGAAACCAUGGAAAAGGAUACAUAUCGACUACGCAGGACCGAUCGAUGGUGACUUCUACCUUUCCAUGGUAGAUGCCCACUCAAAAUGGCCGGAAAUUUUCAGGACCCGUGGCACCACUACCACAGCGACGCUGGAGCUCCUGCAAGAAACUUUCGCAAGAUAUGGCAACUUUUCUGUAACGAAAAUGGUAUCCAUCAUCUGA